AUGCACAAUUAUUAUCGGGACCUGCAUGGCUCUCCACCAAUGGAGUGUGAUCACGAGCUGGCGAUAUCUGCCCAGGAAUGGACAGACCAGCAAGCCGCUAAAGGUUAUAUGCACCAUUCAAAAUGGACAGAUAAAUUUACUGAAAGCAUUUCUUGGAAAGGAUGGGGUUGGGAAGGGAUGGACGAAAUGGAAGGAGCCAUCGCUGGUGCAGUGAGAAGCUGGUAUUCAGAGAUCAAGAACGGUUACAAUUACCAAACAGGCCGAGGUACGGGCGUCAUUGGACACUUUCAAGCGGUAGUGUGGGCAGGAGAGACCAAGUUGGGUUGUGGACUUAACAUCAAGCCAAACGAUGGUACUUACGUCACUGCACAUUAUGCUCCGCCAUCUCACACGAGCAUGGAAAAAGAAAAAAUUGCUCCAGAUAAUGUAAAACCUAGGAGAUCACCAGGUGAUUGGAAUGUCUCUGCGCUUUGCUUUAUCGGAAGUGUCACUAAAGCUCUCUGUAUAGGAUACUUAACACUGUUUUAUGUUGUUGUUAUCUUUCUUUUGUUUCUAAAGAUGAUGAUCACAUGCAAGCUGUCCAUAUUUAUCUAGUUUACGAUCAUCAUUGAAUAAAACCGAGAGGCCAUAUUCUCUGACGUAAAUUUUUUAAACUUCAGCAAGAAAAAACCGGUGUAUCCCCGUGUGGUGAUUAUCUAUCAUCGUUUUAUCUUGCAGAACCCGGCUGCAAUAUACGUUCCGGUGACCGUGAAUUGUGCAGGCCGGAUCUGACGGCACCAUUCGUCAAUCCAGGAAAUUGCCCCCUAGAAUGUUGCUACGACGACAUGUUUAUGAGUGAGCAGUCGAUAGAGUUUUACAGUCGUAAGGGACGUAAGUGGUGUUUUAAGAGACAGUAAAAAGGUCAAUUUUAACAAUAAAAACACAACAAAAAUGAUUUCCUAAGUCGAAAACAGACGAGUCGUAAUGAUGAAAUAUGUACGAGAAUAGUUUCUCUUUCCUUUCACUCUUUCUUUCAUUUUUCGGAAAAAGUGUCAAGGGUGUAGCAAAGGAAGUCGUGAAGUUUUAUCAAAAUCUCCUCGACAACAAGAAAGCGGAUCAAUAUCAGUAUCUGGGCAACUGCCCACCUACCCCUCCCCUGACCCAACAUUAACCCUAACUUGUUAUUGAGUUAGGGGAGGGGUAGGUGGGCAGUUGCCCAGAUACUGGUAUUGAUCCGAAAAAACAAUAGGUUAUGAUAAUAAAACGACCUAGUUUGAUUUCUAAAGCUAGUAAAACACCAGUUUGACCGACCCCUUUGCCCCUUCCGUACUCAGAAUGAUUCUAAGAACACAAUUAUUGAUCACAGAGAAGACUCAAAAAUGGACUCAACAGUCAAGGAAGGAUCUCUUUUACUCACACAGCAUGAUUAGCAUUUCAACUAUAAAUUUUAAGCGCAUGAUGAUUCGUAAAUCAGUGAGCCAAUUAAGAACCUUAUUUUAUCAAUAAAAGUGAAAAAUAACACUAGUAGAGUGCCCCUCUACAGAAUUACAGCAACAAAGGAAGCUAACGAGACCGGUGUUUCUGGCUUGUAUGUUAUUGUUGUUCAGAGCAUUAAUUACCGAAUAAGAGCAAAAUAAAACAUGAAAAACCCUUAAUCAUUUUGAAUAUUAAAAGCCAUGUGCUGUCAACAUUUUUUCAACUAGGCUUUAGAUCAGCUUCAGAAUAAUGGUAAAACGAUGAUGACUGCGAAAUCUCGAAUGAUAACCCGGAGUUACGUGCGAUUUAUUUCGUUUCACUCUGUGAUUGAGCGGGAAACUUGUGCUAACUCAUUAAAAAAUCAGAUGUAAAGCGAAACCAACUGUUACUUGCAUUGACCGCCUGCUUUUUUAUAGGUUAUGUUUUCAAUCUGACUUCUUAUUUGUUUUUGUUGCUCUUUUCCCUAAGGCGGUCUAUGGGUGCUCGGGCGCAGUUCUUCCAGCAAUGCUUCAUUUCCAUCUUUUCUUUCUAUUUUGAACGGGAUAUCUUUGUCUCUCUUUACGUUUCAUUCAUUCUAGCACGGACUGAUAACUGCAAUAAGGAGGUGAUAUCUUUUGUUUUCUGUUGUUUUUCAUUUGAUACGACCAAUUUUGCAUGAAUUAUUUUGGGUGCAGCGAGUUUCCGAAGGCAAUCUCAGAGCGUUGUUAAGCAAAGUCAAUGAAACCCUCCACUGCUUAAAGUUCCCUACUAUCGCCUUAAAAUUACUCCAGCCAUAAUUACUCAAUAAUGAGUCAAGGGUUCACGCUAAUUUUGAUUGCAUCAACGAGUGUCCAAUUAAGGAUCAAACCUAACUUAAUUCUUGCUAACAACUGCAAUUAUGUUGGCUGAAGCUUGAUUUCUGGUCUGAUCACCUUUCCGAUGAAAAUCCACCACCUAGGUGGCGACCGUAUAAACAAAGCGGAACUGAAAUGUAAAAAAUAAUGGAAGCACCUACACAAGAAUGAUAGAAUGAAUGCAGAAAAGGAGAAAAAUAUCCGAUGGAAUUUUGCUUCUAUGUCUGAAAUGUAUGUAUUUAAAGGCGCAAUGCAGCCUUCUUUGACGAAAAUGGAGUCUGGUGCUCGCAUUUUUCGAUUAAAAAAUGAUAGACGUGCGGGUCGCUGGGCAGGUACGCGUACAGCGAUCAAUAAGGUGUGUCGCUGAGCAGGUAGCGUACAGCAAUCAAUAAAAUGUGUCGGAUUUAUCGCCCUAGGCCGUCUAGAAUAACAAUAUCUUCUCACUCUAAAAGGGAGACAAAAACAACGAAUUAGCCUCCCAGCCAGGGAGCUAAUGAACAGGUAACAAAAUAUAUACUUAUACUUCUCUCAGAUCAUUUAUGAUUAUCGCUAAGUUAGGUUGCAGGUUCUUUUAACGAUCUUUGACGAUGAACUUGUAUUUUAUCUCAGUUACUUUACCACGUAACUUGCUGAGAUGGGAACUUGAAAACUUAUGUACUGGUAAACGCAUAAAAAUUAUCCACCUAAGUAGCCUUUUUCAAUGUUAUGUAAACAAUCCACGGAAUCACAUGUUUUGAUUUGCGCCACUAAGAGGCAGCUCUUGUGUUGAUUUUGUAACGGCAAACAAUUAAAAACUGAUAUAAUACUUAAAUCUUUCUUUAGUACUGAGAGGAGCAUGCUUUGAGAAUACAUUCCAUAGCUUCCAUAGCUUUGGACGGAUAUGUUAUUGGCUUGACUAAUCUGAAAAAAGAAGAAAUAAAAUUUAAAAAAAAAAAUAAAACUCACAAAAUAAAUAUUCGUCAGAGCCAGACUCACAAAUAGGAGGUCUACCUGCCGAGUGUCAAAAACUCUCCAAGGGUGAAAUUUGCAGGUCUCUUUUUAAGACUUGUAUAGGAAAACUGCCGAGCAAAUUAAAAGGUCUUAUUUAUUGACGACUAACGAUAGGGUUCCUUUUUUUUUCUUGUUCAUUUUAUUACAGAAUGGAGCCGGGAUCCUUAGCAAAAGCUUUUCUAAUAGUGUAUGGUGCCAUGAUCGUUUCAGGUAUAAACUCUAACUUUGUUGUAUAACAUAUGACAUAAAAAGCAAAAAAAAGUAAAAAGAUCUUAUUCUUAUUUCAUGUCUCUAUCCCUUUUGUUCGACUAUUUUACCAUAGGAGCUAACUUUUAAUUCCGUUAUGGUUCUAUUCACCGACCAAGUCCCUAUUUACUCUUCUUAGUUUCUGAUAGGUGACCCCAUCUCUUUGAAACUAGGAAAACUAGGAACUUCUUUUCACAUUCAUGAUUAUGUCCUUCUAUUGUUGUUUAUUAAAAUAAGGUAACAUUUCAUUUCUAGCUUUACAUGCAUGUCUUAUCCUCUGUUAGUUACCAUCUAGAGAUGGUAACUGAGGUUUUCAACCAAAGUAGCAUGUUCACCCGAUAGAGGGCUUCGAUAUUUCCCAUCACUUUUUUGUACGCCUUGCUUCUUUUCCAGCUCAAGAAUGGAAAAAUGUUGGAAACUGUGAUGCAGGAUUGAGUAAGCAGCUUUUUUAAAUCCUGAUAAAAAAAUGUCGCUUCUUUGAGGUUUCCUUGCGAUUUUUCUGUUCUAAAUAAUCAUCUAUUCCUCGACGAAAUUGCAGAAUGUGGUCCACAAUGUCAGAGGCUUUGUCCAAUCCAGCACAAUUACUACCGUUCACUGCACAACUCUCCUCCACUUAAAUGCGAUCCGAAUUUAGCCAAAUCGGCACAAUCCUGGGCAGACUCUAAUGCCAACCAUGAGGCCGUCCAAAGAUCAACGCCGACAAAAGAUUACGUCGAAAGCAUUUCCUGGAAGAGGUGGGGCUGGGAAGGAAUGGGGACUAGACUAGGAGCAAUUCUCAACGCAGUGAGAAGCUGGUAUAGUGAGUUAAAACGUGGUUACGAUUACAACAUAGGUUAGCAUUUGUUUUCUAAAAGGCUAAGAAACACAGUCUUUGGUCAAUUGAUAUGAAGACGGGUUCCUAACACCGGCCAUGAAAAUCUAUGAACUAAUUUAUUCAUUCUAAAGUAUGGUAGCCUCCGUUCACCAAAAAACUAUUGAAACUGAUGUUUAUUUUUUGCAUGAGACAGAACUAUAACCGGAGAUUUGUAACAUGCGCAUUCAUAUACAGUAGCAUAUUGAAUACUCUCGCUGUAAUUUCUUUGUUCAUGUGUCAUUAUAAACACGUAGGUAUUUAUUCGCAGGCUUAGGAAAGGGCAUUGUAAGCCACUUUAAGUCCGUAGUUGACGUUCGAGAGACUCACCUUGGUUGUGGCAUCAGAAUCAAACCGGGUGAUGGAACGUACGUCGUGGCCCAUUAUUCAAUUGCUCCGGGGCUACAAUUCAAGCUAAAAGACUUCAGUUCAACUAAAAACAUUGGACCGCCAAAGCAACCAGGUAAGAUGGCAUUUGAACUAUAUACGCAGCCUUUUAUCAAAAGUAUUGAAAUAAAAUCACGUAUACUUAUACAAAUUAACGCAGGAAUGGAAGAGGAUUCUCUACCUCUUAGUGUACAGAACAUUCGGUAUAUCUUCCUUAAAGGACUUAUUAAAUUAGAACAGUUAUUCAAUCCACAAAGUGGAUAUAGAAUCUCAGAGGAAAAUGACAGGGAUACCAUCCAAGCAUUUCAAAAUUUCAAAUUUCUACGUAAUUCAUAAAAGUUACGGUUACUUCGGUAGGAUUACCAUAAAGUUUAUGAUUAAAAAGCUGUGAUAGGCGAAAUUGUAUAGAAAAUUACUCAGUAAUGUUACGUCGGGGGACUACUGUAAGGUAUAUGAUUCCAUAGCUGUGAUAGGCGAAGAUAUAGAGGAAAUGACUUGCACCUUGUGGAAAAAAAGAAAAGCAACAGCAAACAAACCAACCAAAAAACAAACAAAACAACAGGCAUUAGAAGAAAAUUAUAAUGACUCAUACCAACCGAAAAAUAUAAAAAAUAGUAGCCACUGGGAAAAUUAUAAUAAUGCUACAAAUCACACAAUAGACGAUGAAGCCCACGAUGAUAAUAAUGAUUUUCAACAACAUCAAAACAAAACAUAUCAGCAAUUUGACUCAUGUAAUUUCAGAUCCUCAGUGUCACCAAAAGUCUUCUGAGAGAGAACAGCGUGGGAGUUUUAAAAGUCCAUUUAUAACUCCUGACAAAUGCUUAAACGCUGGAUGUUGCUAUGAUGAUAUGUUCAUGGACGAACCUGGCUUACAGUGGCACAGUCCAAACGCGUCUUUAUGGUGUUUUAGUAAAAAGGAGGCGGCUGGGUCUGGUAAGUAGUGAAUAUUAUGUCUCAGUUUCUAGAGCAGAAAAAAAUUGCGGUCGGCGAUCUUUUGUUUCUAAAGAUGAUGGUCAUUUCAUGCAAGCUGUCUAUGCGGUUGGCUCUUGUUUACCAACGAUCAUCAUUAAGUAAAACCGAUGGAGAGGCCAUAUUCUCUGACAUAUAUUUUCAGAGGCGUAUUUAAUUGACAGAGGUUACAAAGGACGGUGUCCUUGUGCGUUGAUUUUCCAUCAUUAUUUUAUCUUACGGAACCCGGCUGCAAUUUACGUUCCGGUGACUGUGAAUUGUGCAGACCGGAUCUGACGGCACCAUUCGUCAAUCCAGGAGAUUGCCCCCUUGAAUGUUGCUACGACGACAUGUUUAUGAGUGAGCCGUCAGUAAAGUUUUACAAUCGCGAGGGACGUACUUGGUGUUUUGAGAGACAGUAAGAAGAAAAAUUUUAGCAAUAAAAACACAACAAAAAUGAUUUUGUAAGUCGAAAACAGAUGAGUCAUAAUGAUGAAAUAUGUACAAGAAUAGUUUCUCUUUCCAUUCACUCUUUCUUUCAUUUUCAGAAAAAAAAGUGUUAAAGGUGUAGCAAAGGAAAUCGUGAGGCGAUAUCAAAAUCCCCUCGACAAGAAAAAGCAAUAAUCUGAAGCUGGUAAAACACCAAUUUGACCAACCCCUCUCGCCCUCCCGUAGUCAGAAUGAUUAUUAAAACCCUAAUUAUUGAUCACGAAGAAGAAACAAAAAUGGACUUAACGGCCAAGGAAGUAUUUCUUUUUCUCUCACUGUGUUGAUCAGCAGUUCAACUUUAUAGUGUGUGAUGAUUCGUAAAUUAGAUAGCCAAUUUAGAACGUUAUUUUAUCAAUAAAAGUGAAAAAUAAUAUCAGUAGAGUGCCCAUCUACAGAAUUAUAGCAAGAAAGGAAGCCAACGGGUCGGGUGUUUCUGGCUCAUAUGUUGUGUCGUUUAGAGCAUUAAUUACCGAACAAGAGAAAAAUAGAACAUUAAAAAACCCUGAAUCAUUUUGAAUGUUAAAACCAUGUGCUGUCAACGUUUUUUAACCGAGUCCAGAUCAACUUCCGGAUAAUGGUAAAAUAAUAGUGGCUGCGAAAUCUCGAAUGAUGAUCCGGAAUUGCAACGAUUUAUUUCGUUUCGCCCUGUGAUUGAACUGGAAAACUUGCGCAAACUCUUCAAAUAAUCAGAUGCAGAAGUAAUCAAUUGCUCCUUGACCGCUUGCUUUUUUAUUAGGUUACGAUUUAAAUCUGACUUCUCGCUUAACUUAAUUCUUGCUCUACAACUGCAGUUAUGUGAACUGAAGCUUGAUUUCUGAUGUAAUCAUAACCAUUACAAUUUCCUCAAAUGUGAUUGGUGCAGUAACUGCUUUAUUAUUCACUAAUCAUUCUCUAGAGUUGUCAUUGAACCGUGUAAUCAGACAGUUGGCUAUAAUUGUACACCUGUAAUCGGAAAGUUGAAGCCGCCAAUUAUACUUAGUCAAAUCCCCCAAUCACAGAAUUGGUCACAGUAACCACAGCAACAACCACUUAUCCUGAAAAAAGUCGUGGAGUUUCCAAAGUUGAGGAAUUUUUAACUUAUAAAUUGUCUAUACUGCGCGUAUUUGUCCUUAAUGUAUUUGUUGUUUUUGAAAAUUGUAACAGUUUUGAUUAAUUGGCAAUAGGACUUUGUGUCGUCUAAUUCUGUCUGUAAUCAUACUUGUGGUUGACAAAUCGGACUCCCGCUUCGCGGUCGUCCGAUUUUGUUGAUCACUCGUAAGAUUACAGACCGAAUUGGACUCCACUCGGUCCUAUUACCAUUAUUAAUAACCUUUCCGACGACAAUCCACCGGUUAGGAUUCGACCAGAUAAACAAAGUGGGACUGAAAUGUACAAAUAAUGGAAGUGUCUCCAUAAGAAAUAAAACGAAUGGUUUAAUUCAAAAGAAAAGGAAACAAAAGAAAAAAGGAAGACUGAUAGAAUGUUGCUCCUAUGUCUAAUUAUUUAACGCAAGAGGGCCUUCUUUGACAAAAAUGAAGUCUGGUGCUCGUAUUUUUCAAUCAUUCCAAAUUGAUAAACGUACGGGUUGCUGAGCAGGUACACGUACAGCGAUCAAUAAGGUGUGUCGAAUUUAUCGCCCUAAAUCGUCUAGAAUAACAAUAUUUUAUCACUCUGAGAGGAAGACAAAACAACGAAUUAUCAAUUAGCCUUGGGGAGCCGGUUAACAGGUAACAAAAAAAAGCCUUUAUACUUAUCUCGGAUCAUUUGUGAUUAUUGCUAACUUAGGUAGCGUGUUUUUUUUAAUGACCUUUGGUGAUUUUAGACGAUGAACUUGUAAUUUAUCUUAGUUACUUUGAGACUGUAACUUUGUGCUGAUAAACGCAUAAAAAAUUAUCUACAGCCUUUUUCAAUGUUAAGUAAACGAUCCACGGCAAAUAUUGGUUUUGAUUUGAGCCACUAAGAGGGAGCUCUUGUGUUGAUUUAGUAACGGCGAACACUUAGAAAACUAAUACAAUACUAGAAUCUUUCUUUAGUGCUGAGACGAUCGUGCUUCAAUAUUACGUUCCAUAUAGCUCUAGACGAAUAUAUUGUUGGCUUGACUAAAUUGAAAGAAGGAAAAAAAAAUUUAAACAGUUGAAACUCAUAAAAUAAACAUUCCUAAAAGCCAGUAUCACAAAUAGGAGACCUGCCGAGAGUCAAAAGCUUUCCGAGAGUGAAAUUUGCAGGUCUCUGUUUAUGAUUUGUCUGGGAAACAGCAAAGGAAAUUAAAAGGUCUAAUUCAUUGAUGACCUACGAUAGGGUUAUUAUUUUUGUUUGCUUUAUUAUAGAAUGGAGCUGGGAACCUUGGUAAAAGCUUUUCUGAUAGUGUGUGGUGCUAUGAUGUGUGGUGCUAUGAUGGUUUCAGGUGCAAACUCUAACUUUGUUGUAUAACAUAUGACACAAAAACAAAAAAAGUAAAUAGAUCUUAUUCUUAUUUCAUGUCUCUAUCCCUUUUGUUCGACUAUUACACAAAAGGAGUUAACUCAUAAUUCCACUAUUGUUCCAUUCACGGAACAACCACUUCUUCCUCAAUUCCCCGUUUCUGCCUCUAAGUUUCUGAUAGGCGACCUUGUCUCUUUGAAAUUUGAAACUUCUCUGCACAUUUAUUGUUAUGUCCUUCUACUGUUGUUUAUUUAAAUAAGGUAACAUUUCAUUUCUAUCUUUGCUUGCAUGUGUUAUCCUUUGUUAUUUACCACCUAAAAGUUGUAACUGAGGUUUUCAACCAAAGUAGAAUGUUCACCCGAUAGAAGGCUUCGAUAUUUCCCAUCACACUCUUGUACACCUUGCUUCUUUUCCAGCUCAAGAAUGGAAAAAUCUUGGAAACUGUGGUGCAGGAUUGAGUAAGCAGCUUUUUAAAUCCUGAUUAAAAAAUGUCGCUUCUUUAAGGUUUCCUUGCGAUUUUUCUGUUCCAAUUAGUCAUCUAUUUCUUGGUGAAAUUACAGAAUGUGGUCCACAAUGUCAGAGGCUUUGUCUAAUCCAGCACAAUUACUACCGUUCACUGCACAACUCUCCCCCACUCAAAUGCGAUCCGAAUUUAGCCAAAUCGGCGCAAUCCUGGGCAGACUCUAAUGCCAACCAUGAUGCCGUCCAAAGAUCAACGCCGACAAAAAAUUAUGUCGAAAGCAUUUCCUGGAAGAGAUGGGGCUGGGAAGGAAUGGGGACUAGACUAGGAGCGAUUCCCAGUGCAGUGAGAAGCUGGUAUAGUGAGCUAAAACGUGGUUACGAUUAUAACACAGGUUAGCAUUUGGAUUUUAAGAAGGCUAAAAGAAAACACAAUCUUUGGUUAAUUAAUAUAAAGACGGGUUCAUGGCGACGGUCUAAAAAUCUAUAAACUGAUUUAUUUAUUCUGAAGUAUGGUAGCCUCCGUUCACCGAGAGAUCAGUCAUAACCUUCACCUGAGAAGGGUUUGAAGGACCCGAGCCACGAAAAUUUACCUAAAUUCUCCCUAAGAUUCUGUAUUAUUGGCCCUCCUUCCCUUUCCCCUGAAAACCACGUGAUCCCCAAAAAUUCCCCAUCCCCUCCCCACAGCAACAAAUAGUGAGUGGUCCCCAAAAUUGUUUGCAUAAGGCAGAACUAUAACUGGAGAUUUGUAAUAUGCGCAUUCACAAGACAGUGGCAUAUUGAAUAUUAUCACAAUAAUUUCUUAGUUUAUGUGUCGUCAUAAACACGUAGGUAUUUAUUCACAGGCCUAGGGAAGGGCAUUGUAAGCCACUUUAAGUCCGUAGUUGACGCUCGAGAGACUCACCUUGGUUGUGGUAUCAGAAUCAAACCAGGCGAUGGAACGUACGUCGUGGCUCAUUAUUCAUUGCGUCCGCGGCUACAAUUCAAGCUAAACGACUUCAGUUCAACUAAAAACAUUGGACUGCCAAAACAGCCUGGUAAGAUGGCAUUUGAACUAUGUAUGCAGCCUGUUAUCAAUAGUGUCACAGUAAAAUCCCGUAUACAUGUACAAAUUCAUGCACGAAUGGAGCGGAUUCUCUACCAUUUAUUGCACAGUAUAGCCGCAAACGCUAAUAUAUCUCGUAUUCAAACUUUACUAGAACAAACUUCCGUUCAUCGAAAAUUUAACAAACUUGACAUGACACAUUGUUGAACACGGUAACUGAAAAUAACAAAAUUACAAACACGCAAAUGGGCAUAAAAUAACUUACAAUGUAUGAGUGAAAGUACUGGAAAACGACAAAGCGAAAUAAACAAGGACACUUACAGGACGAAUGUGACCAAACUAAAAGACGAAAAAAUGAAACCCAAGGCACGAUAUGUUCCGAUAUGUUUCGCAAACUAGACAACUAACCAAAUAAAUUACGCGCGAACAGAAUAUAAACGAUAUGCAAAUAAAUAAAAAAAAGUACAAAACUGGUAACUGAAAAAGGACACUUAUGAAGACGAGAAACUAAACACCUAACAAGAUACUAUGAAACAACAACAACAACAACAAAUAAUAAUUAUAAUACAAAUUCUUGCGCCUACAUACAGAACAUUCGGUAUAUCUUCCUCAAAGAAAUUACUUUUAAAUGAGAACUGCCAUUCUAUCUAUUUCAUUCCAUAAAGUGGAUUUAGAAUCUCCGACGAAAAUGACAGGGAUACCAUCCCAAGAAUUCGAAUUUCUACUUGAUUCAUAAUGUUGCGGUUACUUUGGUGUGAAUACUGUAAAUUUUAUGAUUACAUAGCUGUGAUGAGCAAAGAUGCUGAGAAAAUGAAUUGCACCCUGUGGGAAAAAGCAAAAGCAAUGGUAAAUAAACCAACCGAAAAACAAACGAAACAACUGGCUUUGGAAGAAAAUUCUAAUGAAUAAUACCGACCGAAAAAGAAACAAAACAUCAGGCAUUGGAAAAACUUCUAAUAAUGCUACAAAUCACACAAUAAAUGAUGAAGAUCAUGAUGAAUAUGAUGAUUUUCCACAACAUCAAAACAUAUCAGCAAUUUGACUCAUGUCAUUCCAGAUCCUCAGUGUCACCAAAAGUCUUUUGAGAGAGAACAAUGUGGGGAUUUUAAAAGUCCAUUUAUAACCCCUGAAAAAUGCUUAAACGCUGGAUGUUGCUAUGAUGAUAUGUUUAUGGAUGAACCUGGCUUACAGUGGUACAGUCCAAACGCGUCCUUAUGGUGUUUCAAUAAAAAGAAGGGGGCUGAUACUGGUAAGUGAAACUUUUGCCAAAGAUUCUACAGUAGUAAAAACGAUGUGCCCUCCCUAUCUUUCCGCAUUAAAUUCUGCAUUUCCCUUUUAUUAUCAGUAAAAUUGGGAAUUGUUUCUGCUUUGUUUUGAUCUUUUUUUUUUCUGGGUGGGAGAUUUUAAAGUUGAACGAACAUUUGUUAAAUACAGCCUAGAAAGCUGAAUUACUUAGCUUAACGGACUCAUUGAAGGCACAUAAAAUAAUUGAUAACUUAUUAUCAUUUCUUUUGCUUGAUUAUUUAAUAAUUUUCUUAAGGCUUGAUAACACAUGUAUCUACCUCUGGGACAAUGUCAUUCCAGUCUCCUCCGCCGUCCCGAAAAGAGGAUGAUUACAAAGUACUUCAAACGCAGUCUUCUGAGGGUAGGUUGUAUCUAAUGAAUCCUAUACACCCUAACAUCAGCAUCUAUAACCUCUAUACUUCAUACAUUCCCUGUCAGUGGUAACGAAAGGUAAAUUCCUUGAAAAAUUAAAGGCUUUUUAAGCUUUGGUCUCCCUACAGACUUUUACUAUGGGGAAUCGAAGCGAUUUUCAAUAGUAAAAUAUCUUUUUUUUCCCUGUCAAUUCAUUUUAACAUUUUUUGUUAUUAUUAUUAUUAUUCUUUUAACGAGCGCAGCAAUCAAGAGUUAUUUUUCUACAACUUUCAAUGGCCGGCGUCUACAACGAGGGCGAAGAGCCAUUUCCCUUGCCGACAACAGUAUCCCCACACCAUAAGCUAAAAUUUCCCCGAAGUAAUGUCCCACGUUAAAAAUCGGUCACACCGGCAAAUUUAAGUUUCCCGUUGGUCAACUGUCUCGUUUCUGUAGGGCAAAAGUCUACAGUGUGACCACAGCAAUUAUCAGGAGAAAUGAGGUGCUAGUCACUUUCAGGAAUUUAAGAGUUAAGUAAUGAUCGCCCAUCUGCGAUAAAAAGUUGUCACUUAUUUAUGCAUGAGAAAGAAAAUUGAUUAAGAAAUAACUUACAAACAAGCCUUUGUCACAAAGUGAAUAUUAGAGUGACAGUUGUUUUUUUUUUAAAGCACCAGAAUCGUAGUCGUCUCUUCUUCAUCACUGUCAUAAAUCAUAAUACCAACGACAUUUUCCAGUACUGCAGCAUGAAGCGCAUAAAAGUAUUGUUACUUCAAUGCAGACCACCUUCCAGGCAUUUCUUCAGGCCUCUCUAUCAGCUCACAUAUCAUACUUCCACAGAGCAUAACACAAUGACCCGGCCUCAAAAUCCCAAAUCCGGACUCCUCGACCCGGAGUCCGACACUAUAAUCGUUUGGCCAUUUUCUUCGUAAUUAUUACGUGGGAAGUGAUCAUUGCAUGUGAAGUGGUCAUUCCGUGGGAAGUGGUCAUUGCGUGUGAAGUGGUCAUUGCUUGUGAAGUGGUCAUUGCGUGUGAAGUGGUCAUUGCGUGUUAAGUGGUCAUUGCGUGUGAAGUGGUCAUUGCGUGUGAAAUGGUCAUUGCGUGUGAAGUGGUCAUUGUGUGGGACGAUGGUCAUUCCUCGUGGUGAUAUAUUAUAGAGAAAAAGGCAAGUCCCUGACCAUCAACACUUUCACAACCACCAUACCAUCGUCGUCAUCAUCAGUAACACCACCAUCAUCGUCAUCGCUACCACAAGCAUCAUCAUCAUCAUUAUUGUCGUCUUCGCCCAUUUUUCAGGGACUGAUUUAAAAGGAUGGCAUGUCUUUGCUGUAGUAGUAGUUGGAAAAAAAGGAAUAAUUUAUCGUUAUGCAUGUAUGUUAUUAAAAAGGUAUUCGCCUUUCACACUAUCAUCUUCUUCAUCACCGCCAUUGAAGUCUUCACCAUCCUCUUCACUAAAAUCAUUAUCGUUGUCUCUUUUGUAACAUGUCAUCGGAACAUCGUCCCAACCACGUGCUUCAUUUUUCAUCAUCAAAGCAGAAUCUACCAGCGUUAUCUACUAGCUUUUUCUUCUUGGUCUUUCUUUCUUUCUUUCUUUCUUUCUUUCUUUCUUUCUUUCUUUCUUUCUUUUUUUUGUUUUCUUUUUUGUUUUUUUUUUUUGUUAAUGUUGUACCAAUUUCCUCAGGAUCAGUACAAGUUCGUCCACCGUGUCCAGAAGCAAAAGAUGUCCUCAAUAAUAUAAUUGGUCUCGUAAACGCUGUAACUAAACUUGCUGCCUCGAAAGGCUGCGGGAAAGCUGUCGGUAAAAUACAUUUUUGUUUUUGCAUGAGUCAGUUGCCCGUAACCACGCAUGAAACUUUGGUAACACUGCAUGAACCAGUAGUUUUCGUAUUUUUUUGGUUUUUUUUUUUGUUUUGUUAUUGUUGUUGUUGUUGUUGUUGUUGUCUCCUGUUAAUCAGAACCUCUUUUGUUAAUGUCGUUUCGUCUCAAUUUUUGUUUUGGUUUGUUCCCUUUCGUUUUGAUAUUGUCUUCCCAAAUGCCUAUAGUGAGAAUGCAAGCUUUCUUUUUCUCCACGGAACGAAACUUUUUGAAGGAAAGCAUGCAAUGUUUACGGUACUUGGAAAUUCUGUGUUUCUGGUGGAAGCUAUUUUGUUGUUGCUAGGACUUUCUUUGUCGUAAUCGCUUCUGCCGCUGCUGGUGUUUUUACCGUUGCUCAUCAAUUUGCGUUACAUGGUUUGUUUACUUGUUUCUUUGUUUGUUUAAUGUUUUCUGUCGCGUCGUUGUUUCUUUGUAAGUAAGGCUGAACAUUGAUUAGUAGCCAUUUCAAAAUAGGGCUUCUAGUAGGCCCAAUGCGAUUGCAUGCUUUUUCAAAUAUCUAAGAAAAGCGACAUAUGUAUUACAAACGAAUCUUUUUAUAUCUAUGUGUAGAAGGCGCAGAGUCCAGCCUUUUUUUUUAAGUAGUGUUACCGUUUCUAUUUUAUCUCUAUUUUCCUGAUGCGAAAGCUGGUCCUGGACCUGUAUCACAACUACCCUCAAAACCAACAACUGAGCCAACAGCAGCAACAUCUCCAUCACCAUCUUUAACAUCCUCAUCAAGUUCCACAGCAGGACCGACCAGUGGCCCUACUACCCUAUCUGCCAAAGGAGCAAAACAGGGUUGAAACUACUAAAAUUAUGUUUGUUUCCCUAUAAUCUUACAAAAAGCAGGCGGAAGAGCAAGCUCAUUGACAGAAAGACAUGACAUGUUAUGGGCCAGUUUCACGAUCGAGCUUGUAAUUUUGACGUGGUUGGGCCUAUGCUAUUAGUCAUGUCAUACACCACGGCCAAAACGUCAUGAAAAUAGAGAUUCCGUUUCUGUGUCAUUGAUUAAAUAGGCCCAUAUACAAUGUUAAUCCGUAUGCAUUCUUGAUCAUGUUUUCCUUGUUACAUGAUGAAAUAUGGUUUAAAAGCGUUAAAUACCAUAUACAGGGAAUAUAUUAGAAAACAAAUAAUUUCUAUCUGCAUGUGUUUCAAAGGCGAAGAACCCUGCUUUGGUAAUACCUGCUACAUGAUUUCUGAAACGGGGAAGUCUUGGGACGAGAACCAAAAGAACUGCAAAGCAUCUGGAGGCGACCUAGUUUCCUUGGAAACAGAGGCUGAGUGGCAGUUUGUCAAUAGCAAGAUCCAAAAUAUUACACUUCAGGGAGCCAAUGAAUGGCACAUAGGUUUGAAAAAACAGGGAGAUUGGAAAUGGGUCAAUGGAAAUCCGAUGACCAUUGAAAAGUGGCAGCGUUCCCAGCCAUCUGGUGAUGGAAAUGUUGCUGUUAUGUCAAAAGAUUACCCACCUGGAAGUCAAGGGCUAUUUAACGAUCUUAAUGCUCAAAUGCCCAGACCUUUCAUAUGCGAAAUACCAAAAGGUAAGCUGACUGCAACUAGCUCUUUCGGGCUAUUUCAGAGGUAUUUGUCUUCGUACUUACAUUUAUUUUAUGAUUAUACACUUUCUCUGUCCUCCACUUUGUUGUUUAUUUCUUUUGUUUGAUUACCUUACCUUUCGGUUGCCUCGUUCCUCGCAACAACUGGUAUCCAAGGGUCGUUAUCCAAGUGCCCUUGAAAAAUCAUAUUGUUUUUUUUAUUCAGGGGCUAGUCCUCAGCCUGGACCUCAACCAACCUCAAAACCUGCUGUGGGGCCAGCAGAAGCACCAGCUCCAUCAUCGUCUCCAACAUCUUCAGCAAGUUCCACAACAAAACCGACCAGUGGCACUACUUCUCAGCCAGCUGGCGGAGCAACAUCAGGUUGAGACUUUUAAAACCAUGUUUACUAUUUUCUAAUCUAACAAACAGCCAACCAGACGUGCAGAAAAGCAAGAUCAUUUGCAGAAAGACCGACAUAAUGUUUAACUCACUGCCAGAUUAAGCGACUACGUGACUAACUAACUUGUCGACUGAAUGACUACAUAAAUGACUAGCGAACCGAAAAACAGUCGAAAAGUUUCAAAGACUGUCCUUGCAAAGACUAACUGACUGAGUGACCGACCUACUGACUGCCCAUCUAAUAGUCCAACCGCCCAGGGGAAAAAUUUAGUAACAGUCUGACUGGCUCAGUGAAUAACUCAUCAUGUCAACCUUCUUCAAUAAUCGUGCUCCUCAUUGAGCUUCUUACCGAUUAGAAGACCACGGGGUAGACAUGAUGAGCGAAAGGACAUGCCUGAAGGAGAAUCCAGACCUACCUAUUACAAUAAAGCUUUACGUUUAAUAAUUGCUUUGUUCCUUUGUUUCUAUUUUUUUUUUCGCUUUUUCUAUCAGAAAUGACUGGAUUUGAAAAAGACUGUUUAAAAGCUCACAAUGAAUAUCGAGCAAAACAUGGUGUUCCUCCACUGAAAUGGAGCGCUGAGUUGGCUGCAGAUGCACAGGAGUGGGCCAAAGAACUCGCUGUUAAAAGUAGGGAUCACUCAAUUUUACUUUUAGCUGCGCAAGAGAGAUGAUCUUUAUCACUAAAGCUAUUGUUUUCUCCAUCAUAACAUUAUUAUCAUCAUAAUUAUCUUCAUAAUUGUCACUAUAAUUAUUGUCAAUAUUAUAAUUAUCGUUAUUUGAAUUGUUGUGGCGAAUGUGUUAUUUUCUUGAGUUCUUACAAAUACGUCUUGUGUUUUCUCCUCCGUUAGUUUGCAGUUAUUUUAUGCUUUAUUAUAUAUAUAUUUGUAUAUAUGCAUCAUUCUUUUCGUUUUUCAACGUAUCAUUUCUGCACCAUUAUUUUCACACUUUAUUUUAAUUACGCCGCUUUUUUUAUUUAUCAAGUUUCACGCCCCUUUGGGCAGUGUAUAUAAUUUUGCUUUCGAUGUUAACCUUUUUUCCCAUGAGUGUUUCGUAUAUUUCUUUGACAUUUGGUAAAUUUUGGUCCCUUGGUAUCUUCGUAUUUAUUUUUUCCGUCCUAUAAAUUAGUCUAUUUUUGUAAAGUAGUUUUUCUGUUUCUUAGGAAUUGUGUUUCUCUUCACGAGCGUAUUAAAAGAGUUAAUGAAAAGGAUCCUGAGUAAACAUGUUUUGAGGCUGGCUCUUGCCUCUUCAAUCAUUAUUCUUCCAUUUAUUAUUACUAUUAUCAUCAUCUUUUUUACCAUUGUUAUUAUUGUGAUCUUUAUCAUUUUUAUCAGUAUGAAAACCUUAUAUGAUUGUAAAUAUACAAUUUAAACUGCAUAUUGGUAAAUGAAUAAGAGUGAUCUUCGCAGUAACCAGCACUGCAGUGAAACUUAGGCCUGAAAAAAGAUUUCCUUCUGUACAGGGCUUAACCCAUGUCCCUUGCGAUACCGGUGCAGUGCUCUACCAACUAAGCUAACAGCCAACUGAGAGCUGGCAUGAAUUUCUUAAAGCCUCUAAUUUCACUACGGUUAAGAAGUGUUCACUUAGAAAAAUGAGCUCUCUAUAUUUUACUUAUUGUUGCAUUGUUAUUGAUCGGCCUUUGAAACUAUCUGCAGAUCACAUGGAACAUGACAUGGACAGUAUUAACAACAAAGGUCAAGGCGAAAAUCUGGCUUAUUUUCAGCCGGGUGACCCAUCGGCUAUGCCGACUCAGUGCCAAGGACCAAAGACAAAAGACUGUGUACAGUGCCGUGAAAUGGUCGCUGACUGGUACGCAGAAGAAUCGAAUUUUGAUUACAACACGGGAGAGAGCAAAGGAGGCGUGAUUUUGCACUUUACCCAAGUUGUCUGGAAGGAGACCACAGAGUUGGGGAUGGCAACAGCGACCAGUGCUGAUAGGUGGUUUUCUGUUGCACGUUAUAAACCACGUGGAAAUAUGGGGUAUCCGUCAGAUUACAUCAAGAAUGUACCAAGGCCUCAGGUUAACGUUUAAGAGCAGUUUUGAUUGAUAAUCCAAGGAGGCAAUAAUCCAGGUGCUGCCUGCAACUGACUGAUAUAUAAGGAGAGCUUGUCUUGAACAUAUUUGUUAUAAAAUAUGAG